AUUUGCAUACGAUUUACGAUUCCCGUAGCCUCCAAAACGGACAAUCCUACGGGUUAAGUCUGUCAGGAAGCUGCGGUUCCCCCUUACAACCUCCUCAAAAACACUCACACACACACAAUGGAAGGCAAGGGCAUGUAACAGGUAACACAACACAAUUGACACCUGUCUCGCUCUGCAUUUCCGUGACUCUCUCGCUCUCUGAGCAUCCUUUGUGUAAGGUCCUGUAAUACUCGUUCUGCCAAUAACAACAGUUGCCACAAGGAGCCAUUUCAAUGUCAUGAAAUGAUGUUUGCAAUAAGUGAAAAAAUUAAAAGAAGAUUUUAGAUCGAUUUAAUGUUUCGAUAGACUGUUUUGGGACUUUUCAAGACAAAAUGAAAAGGAUAUGAAAAUACAAAUAUUUGCAAAAGAAGAACUCUUUUUAGAAACAAGAAAAGUUUCUUCAAAUAUAGGAAGUUUUAAUGAAAGUCUUGGUAAAAUAUUUAACCGGUAAUUGAUAUAGCAUAAUAUUUGCUAAAAUAACAAUAUUAAAAUAAAUUAAACUUUAUGUAUAUGCGUAUAUAGAAACACUGAGAACAUCCUUUAUUUAGAAAUGGAUAACUUUUUGGGCAGCACAUGUUGUGCCAGAGUUUGUCCUGUUUGUUUAAAUCCCUUUUUGAAUGUUCAAAGUUAAAUGGCACUGGGGCUGGGGCGGAGUCACCAACUUUUUCAUUACUGUUGCACAUCAAGUUGAAGUUUGUCGUAUGCUCGAUGACCUUUAUGCAAAAUAGGUCCUGUCACAUGUUUUCCGCCGUCCAGGACCCCGCACUCUCACUCUUCCAAUGGCGUGCAUUAUUAAGCGCCAGCUUUUGUAUUAUUCAGAGCACACAUGAUGUCUGUGUUUGGACUGUGUAAUAAAAAAUCAUUCAUUAUUCAUGCAAAGGCUUCACUGUGGUCAGGCAGUUUUUCCUGCCGUUCUUAUUGAAAUGCCAUUAGCGAAAUUCCUGCGAUUGCUAAUGCGCCGACGCGACGUAUACGCAAUCUGGCAUUGAGAUAAUAUUUAUAUAUCGCUUAAUAUGGGCAUGGGCAUCAGCCAGGUGAACAGAGAUUUGCAUUAAUAUUGGCGGAACAAUGCCUGGCCAUAAUCAUUACGAAUGCAGAUAAGUGGAGGCCAUAAUGCCAGGUAGUUGAGCCUAAUUAAAAGAGAGAGGGCAUACAGGAAACAAAGGCCAAGAUUGCCUUGUGGUGAUGCGUGAAUUUCUUUUUUUUUUUGUAACAACAGUACAGAGAUACAAAACAUUGGCAACAUUUCGUGGUCGUUUUCAGCGAGUUGAUUCCGUUUUUGUUUGUGUUUGCCUUGCCGGAGCACGCGUUACCUUGGACAAGAAUAAACCAUCCAAACAUCCUGCAGCAACCAAGCAUCCAAGCACCCAGGCAUCCAUCUACUUGGCCAUUGUGGUUGUUCUUGGCGUUUUUCCUCGGCGCGGCCUCACGUUCAUCCUCAUCUUUUGUGAAUCCUUGGCGCAGCAGAUUCUAGUUGGUGGCCUACUCUGAAGAAAAUGUUUGAAUAGAGAUGGCCAAACUUUCACGACGUGCCUCGUCGUCUGCAGCAACGCCCACCACAGCAACAACAGCAACUACUGCAAGUACCGGAGUAACAUCCGUCAAUCCAAGUCAUGCCACAGGCACAACGCAGCAACAAGAGGAGCAAAUUCAACAGAAUCAGGAGAAGUCUCUGCAGCAGCAUCAGCAACAGCAACUGCUGCAACAUCAACAACAGCAACGCAUUGCCCGCCGUGCCGCCAGCAACAGCAACAGACCCCAAGCAGCGGCUCUCAUUGAUACGAGUCCUGAUGUCCUACAUGAGAAUCCACCGCCAUCACCGACACCGGCGGCGUUAUCCAACCACAGCAGCGGCAAUAACAAUAUUAACAACAGCUACCACAGCAACACUGCCACGCCCACAGCACCCGCCCACGCCCACGUUACGGCUACGCCCUAUAUGCCGCUUCUACCGCCGGGAGAGCGGAAUCUGACGGACGCGGAAAAUGCAGCGGAGCGGGCCAGGAUUCGAGAGGAGUUCUUUGCCACCUAUGACGUUAUGACCGGCGUUAGGAUCGCCGCCACAUUGGGCGGUUUUUUUGGCCUUAUGGUUUUCUUGAUCGUUUGGAAAAGUCGAAGCAGCAGCAACGAGACAUUGAAGGUUCUAAAGGAUCCCAAAAUGGCUGCAGUGGCAGCUGUUUGCAUGCAGGAGGAAGAGGAGCGAGAGAUCCACGAUGCCAUUGUAGCGACGGGGAUGUCUAUUUAUCCGGAUGAAUAUGAUGCGAUGGUCUACCGAAGGCAGCGAAUGCUCUCGCUGGGUAAUGUGAGUGCUCCUCCACUGCUGAAUCGCGGCUAUCGCUGUGGCUCUAUGGGUGGCGUUGGUGUAGGCGUUCCUGUGGGCUAUAGUUACCUACUUGAACCUCCGCGUCGCUUUUCCUAUUCUUCGAUGUCUGGUGGGGGACCUGGUUCCGGCCAUGUUGGGCGUCGCAAGAGUGGUUCUGAGUCGUCGCGGAUUUUCAGCAACUACCCCAUGGGCGGUAGUUUCGGAACAGACGACUAUUUUGUGGAGACGGAGGAUGAACUGGAGGCAGAGGAAUAUAUGCAGCCAGGCGUCCCAGAUGAGUCGGAUCAUCAGCACCAAAGGACGGACUCUACGCGCAGUAAACCCGGAUUUCUGUCUGUACCGAUGGCGGGUCAAGACUCACGUCGGAGCAGUGCUAUGACCUGUUGCAGCACGGAUAGCUCUUACCUGGAGCGGCGAACAUCCGCCUACAUGGGCGGUUGUAUGGGCAACCUGCCGCCCACGCUGCAAAGGAAACUAUCGACUGCCUCGCGGACAUCGAGCAUCGAAAACUGGGACUACUACUAUCCAGACAUCCAGGUUAUCCAGCCGACGCCUAAGGCAUCUCCCUGUCCUUCGGAGCGCAGUGUACACGAUGGAUCCGGAACGGGAUCAGGAAACGGCUCGAGGACAUCCAACCUUAGUGCGUCCAAUAUCAAGCGAAAGCACAGUAUCGUUUCCUAUGAUCCAGACAGUGCGCAGGCAGGUAGGAAGCAGCAGAUCCAUUCGAUCAGCGCGGACACCGUGGAUGUGUAUCCUUACAACCAGGAGAGCUCCAUGGAUCUGGCAUUGGCACUGCCUCUUCCCAAACCGGUGCAGUCGGCCCCGCCAACUAGUGUCCAUCAGGCGUUCCACUUUUGCGACUCGCCCUCCGAGGAACUGCGUCUAGGAGUCCGACGAAAACUUACGCUUGUGGAGCUGCAGCGAAACGAGAGCAACAACAACAGCUUUCCAUAUACGCCCAAUGCAGCAGUUCCGGCCGGAGUGGGUGGAACGGCAGCCAGCUCAAGUAGCAUCAGCGUCGACAGUACCCCAGUGAGUCUGGAACGGUUAAAUGGCGCAGGUAGCGGUGGAAGCGCCAGCUUGGCCACAAUAUCCGUGUCCAACAAACUUCCGGCUAUGGGCAACAACAAUCCAGAGAAGCGAGCUCCGCUAGCUUCACUAAGUUCCUUCAAGAUCUCCUCACUGGAGUGUCCCGACUCCGAGUUGCGUUCCUUAGACGAAGACUCGGUUUUCGGUCUGGAGAGUCCGGCGGAUACGGACGAUGACAUGCAGCAGCUAAGCAGCGACAGCGAGGAGCAGGAGGCGGCCGCCCAGGCCCAAGCCCAGGCAGCUUCAAUCCGGGCUAGUGGGGAGACAAAGCCUAGUCCUCUGCUGCUUUCCAUGCCCGUCAAGCGAAUGAGUCUGAGUGCGGUGCCCUCUGGGGGAUUGACAAGUGCAGCCUUGACUGGUGGCGGUGGUGCCCGGCCAAGGAGACCUCUACUGCAAAGGCAUCGUACCAUUAGCGUCACCUCCAGUGAUCGGGUGGCUCUCAUCAAUCAGCCUCUGCAGCUUCAACAGUUCCACAUGGGCUUGCCCAUUCAAUCGGAGGCGCCACCGCUGGAAACUCACUUUGGAGCAGUGGUGAGUCAGAGUCCCCCUAGGCGUGGACCACUCCUACAGCAGUACAGCGAUCCUCAGACGACGACGACGACCACAACGACCACCACCACGGAGGAGGACACAUGCUCCACGCUGAACACAGAGCUGGGCUUGGUGGAGGCUUCAGGAGCAGCUCUUGGUGGUGCUGAAUCCGCAACACACACGCAGUACAGCAGCCUCAACACGGUGAUCAGCAUGGGUCGAUCAACGCCAAGUCCCGUUCCCGUUCUGACCACCCGGAUGGACAAUAAUUCCGCCACCCAGCAGCCAGCUCAACUGCCAACGAAUGCCAUCCGGCUGGUGCACGAUCCCUGCCCAUCGUCUGUAUCCGAUUCGGUGAUAGCCACCCGGCAGCAGAGCAUCUGUGUGCCCGCCUCCUUAAAAGAACUUAUUCUGCGUAAGGGAUCGGGUCCAACUCCGGCUCCCACCAGCGGAAUCACCCGGAGUGCAACUAACUUGAGCUGUGAGAGUGGAGCCGCUGCACCAACCACAACGACUGCGACGCCCGCCGUCAUGCUAGAGCUUCCCCUUAUCCGGUUGCCCAACGAAGAGGAUGACGACCAGGAGUUGCACCACUCGCACUUGGAGCGGGGCAUUGAAGGCUUGGGCGGUGAAAAGCGCGAUCCCAGCCUUCCCGGUACUUCCAGGAAAUGGUCCAAGGAGACACUAUUCUAGCCCAACUGGUUUCCACUGCUCCAACGAAGGCAGUUCCAUGGGCCGGGCCACUAUUUAAGAGCUUAGCAACUGACUUUGUACGCAUGGUAAUGGAAUCUACAGUGAAAACUCCCCAUAGAGGGCUUAUGGAAUUAUUAUUUACUUUCAAGCUCUACCAUUAAGUUAAGCAUAAUGAAAGAGGAUGGUAAAAACCUUUGCCAUUUGUCAGAAACUUAUAAGUUCUUUGUUUUUAAAAAACUUUUGUUAAAGAAAAUUGCUAAGAGUCAUUCGAGUACGUUAGGGCGAGUUUUCACUGUACUUUCGGUAGUUGCAUGGUCUGGCAACCGACUUCCUGGGUUGCUCGAGACCCGGAACUAUGAAACGCGAGUAUUGAUGAGUAUUUAGGUAUAGAUAAGGAGUUUUAGAUUAAGCGCAUUUAGUCAAAAUAUAAGUUAGUUGAGUCUGGCAUAAGAAGUUACUGUAGUACAUGCCUACCAAACAUGUAUAGACCGAUAGUAAUGAGAAAUGGGUAACGAACAGCAACAUGAACAACAACGUAUUCGUACUUAGAGACUGUUGUCUAUUAUUGUUAAUAGAACUCUAAAAGUUAAGUAGUGAUACUCGGAUUUAUUUUUCACACUUUAUCUAUAAAACCAAUUUGUAUGCGUUCGUAUGCAGCCCCAUACUAAGGAGAAAAUUUAUAUAUUUCUAUAGAUAUAUCGCCAGCCGCCAGCAGAUAUCAAUCUUUCUAUCUAUCUAUCUCUCAUUCUCCCUAUUAUGGAACGAAAACUCUUCUAGUGUCUUAAACAGCAGCCAAAUACUUAAAGUAUUGUAAUUUAGAAAUUUUUAUAGAUUGCACAACAAACUUUAAAUCGAAUCGAAUCGAUCGAAAUCGAGUUAUCCUUGCAACAGAAGUACUCUGACAGAAGACCUUAAGAACCUCAAAAGGUUCACCCAAAGAUGCCUAAAUGUCUUUUAUGCGUAGCUAGACAAAAGUUUCAGACUUUCUAGAAACAUUUUCGCAUUUCCCCGCUCCUGCCUAUUCGAACACGAAUUGUUGGUAAUAUAAUAGAAUUGUUGUCAGAAUAUAGAGUUACAAGCGAAUAUAAAAAUUGAAAAACAAAAAAAAAAAGAACAUCUAUGUAAACAAUUUCCUAACUCAUCCCACCUACGCAUCUCUAUUUUUCUAUGAAAAGCUAAAGCCAAGGAAAGGAAAACAGACGAAACGGUACAUAAAUCAAAUGACUUGUGUUAUUCAAAUCAAAAAUACAUAAUUAGUAGACGAAACGCAAGAUAAUAUAAUAGAGCUGCAUUUUGAGGUAACCCAGCCCCCUAGAGACUUUCUAACAUGCCUGAGCCUCAGCCUGAGCCUGAUUUGUACCUUUCCUAUGCAUAAGUAUAUAUUUAUAUACACCACACAUGUAUAAAUCGAGCCCUGUUUGAAUAUUUUUUAAUACUAGUAAGUAUUUUGUACGACGAGAUCAACUCGAGUGGCGCCUAAGAAAUGCAAAAUGGUAUAUCAAAAGAAAACCCCCCAAAAAAACAGAAAACAAUUAAUUGUUGGUUAUAUGCUGAAGAACGUAAGAGUAAAUGAAAAUUCGAAAAUAUUGUAAUUGUAGCGUUGAUUUGUUUAAAAUGAGCAAAAAUAUACAUACAUAUAACUAAUAACGUAGAUAAAUAUACAUACCUAUAUUUAAUGAAACCAAUGAGCAAACCUAACUUGUGUAAGUCAAAGAGUAGCGGAACCAAUUGUUAAACCUAAGCAUAAUAAAUCUGUAAUAAAACUGAGCUGUUGUAUUAAAUGAACAAUAACAAUGUUGAAGACAAAGUUUGGAUAUCGACGCCAAGCCCAAUAAAUGCGUAGAGCAUUCAGUUUGUGAACUUCGUUUACGAGUACUUAGUAUUUUUACUGAAAAAAUGUUCUUUUUUUCUCCCCCUUUCGUUGCGUUAUUUUCUUUUAUACUUUUGUACUAAUAUCCCUGCUUUCUUGGACCGAUCUUACUUCCGAUUAAUUUUCAUUAACUUGAUGUCUAUAUGUACCUCUAGCUAAACUCAAAGCAUAAUUGAUCAAAUUGGUAAACGAAAGCAAUUCGAAAUUAAAAGAAAUAUAUGUACUACUAACGCGCAAAACAGAAUUAUUAUUGCAAGAUUACUUUAAAGAAUGGAUUAAAAUUUUUAAAAAGUAUGAGCUAUUAAAGAACAAACUUAGUUAAAUGUUAUAUAUAUGAAGAAAAAAACAGAAAAUUGAUGUACAUGUUAGCGAUAUUAAUGAGAAAUGUGACAAGUGAAAAAUAAACCAGAAGAAAAUACAUAUACACAAGGUGCCAAGUUAUA